AUGUCAAUACUGUGUUGUGUUCCCGUGAUCGAAUGUGUAUACUGCUUGGGUUGUACCCAUUGGUUGUGGAAGAAGUGUCUAUACUCAGCAGGUCACGAGAGCCAGAACUGGGGACUAGCCACGUCAGAUGAGUUUGAGCCCAUCCCUAGGCUCUGCCGCUUGAUCUUGGCCGUCUAUGAGGAGGAUCUCCAUAACCCUAUGUGGGCACCUCCUGAUGGUUACGGGCUUGACCCACAUCAGGUUAUCCUCAAGAAAGACUAUGACCAGACUCAAGGUCGUGUCACGCCUUACAUGAUCUACUUGGAUCACCAAAACGGCGACGUGGUGCUGGCCAUCAGGGGGCUUAACUUGGCCAAGGAGAGUGAUUACGCCCUUCUGCUUGAUAACAAGCUUGGGCAGACUAAGUUUGACGGAGGCUAUGUGCACAACGGGCUGUUAAAGGCGGCCAUGUGGGUUUUCGAGGAGGAGCAUGAGGUUUUAAGGACAUUGCUCGAGCAGAACCCGAGCUAUUCCUUGACCUUUGUUGGGCAUUCGCUAGGUGCAGGGGUUGUGUCUUUGCUGGUCUUGUUUGUGGUUCAGAACCGAGGUAGGCUAGGGAACAUAGCGAGAAAGAGGAUCAAAUGCUUUGCUAUUGCUCCUCCAAGGUGUAUGUCUCUCCAUCUUGCAGUGACAUAUGCAGAUGUCAUCAAAUCUGUUGUUCUGCAGGAUGAUUUCUUACCUCGGACAACCACAGCUCUGGAGGAUGUCUACAAGUCAAUCAUCUGCUUGCCAUGCCUGUUGUGUGUCACAUGUUUGAAAGAUACAUUCACGUUCGAGGAGAAGAAGCUCAAAGAUACAAGGCGGCUAUAUGCUCCUGGUAGGUUGUACCACAUCGUUGUGCGCAAGCCCUUGAGAUUGGGAAGAUAUCCUCCUGUUGUGAGAACAGCUGUUCCAGUUGAUGGGAGAUUUGAGCAGAUAGUUCUCUCCUGCAAUGCAACAGCGGAUCACGCCAUCAUCUGGAUUCAAAGGGAAUCACAGAGAGCUCUCGAUUUGAUGCUGGAAGAGGACCAAGUUAUGGAGAUUCCGGUGGAGCAGAAAAUUGUGCGCCAGAAAUCGAUUGUUGAGGAUCAUGACGAAGAAUACAGAGCGGCUAUAAUGAAGGCGGCUUCUCUGAACAUACCCAUGUCUCCAUCACCGUCAUAUGGAACAUUCCAUGACACAGAAGAAGGAGAAAGCUCUGCAGUAUCGGGCGUGGAAGGAUCUCCAUCCACGUGGUCCUUCAAGGGUAUGAGAAGAAAAUGGAACCAAUUCAUAGAUCGCCAUUUUCCUAUGGACGAUGACGACAGUGAGCGUAUGAUCUUCAAGAAAGAGGAGUCUCCAGCUCUGUUGUCUAGUUAA